AGACCAUAGAAAUAAACGGAAUUUUUUCAUGAGUAUAAGAUCGAUGGUUUCAUGCUAUAUCGGCUUAUUAAAAGUCGUGGCCUCUUUUAUUGUAAAUCUACCUUAAGGUAUGUUUUGAAGCAUAGUUAGACAAAAACACACAUUACUUGAAAACGGUUUGUAUAGCGACUGUUUUAAGAUGGCGGACUCGAACGAGAAAUUGUUAGUCGAAUUACUUAAAAAGCCUGGAAAUAAUGUGUGCGCGGAUUGUGGAGCCAAGAACCCAGAAUGGGCUUCUUACAAUAUAGGAAUAUUUGUCUGCACAAGGUGUGCCGGAGUGCAUAGGUCUAUGGGUGCACAUAUUUCCAAAGUGAAACAUCUCAAACUAGACAGAUGGGAGGACUCUCAAGUAAAUAGAAUACGUGAAGUAGGUAAUAUAACUGCAAGAUUACAUUACGAAGAACGUGUACCACCUUGUUACCGUAGACCAAAUUCAGAUGCUCCUCAAGUUUUGAUAGAGCAAUGGAUAAGAGCUAAAUAUGAAAGGGAAGAAUUUUGUCACCCAGAAAGACAGAAUUAUGUAUCGGGAUUUAUGGAAGGAUUUUUAAUGAAGCGUGGAAAAGAAGACUCACGAUAUCAUCCUCGUAAAUUUGUUCUUUGUGAAGCUGAGGAUACUUUGAAGUAUCACGUUAAAGAAAAUAAGGAACCAAAAGCUAUACUUAGGAUAUCAGAAUUAAAUGUAGCCUUUGCUCCGUCUAAAACUAAUAAUCAAAAUAGUCUUCAAAUAUCUUUUAUGAAAGAUGGCACUACAAGACAUAUCUAUGUGUAUCAUGAAGAUCCAGAAGUAAUUACAAAUUGGUAUUUGGCUAUAAGAUGUGCAAAAUUACAUCGUUUACAAGUUGCAUAUCCUGGUGCAACAGAGGCUGAAUUAUUAUCACAACUUACAAGAGAUUUUCCACGGGAAGGAUUCCUGUGGAAAACAGGUCCUAGACACAGUGAUGCUUAUAAAAAGAGAUGGUUUACAUUAGAUGGAAGGAAACUUAUGUAUCAUGAUGAUCCUAUGGAUGCACAUCCAAAAGGUGAAAUUUUCUUGGGUCACAGUUCAGAAGGUUUUGCAGUUAAAACAGGAGUACCACCAGGUGCUAGAAAUCAAGGUUUCUCUUUUACUCUUGAAACACCUGAUAGAAGUUAUCUCUUGUCUGCUCAAAAUGAUGAUGACAGAACACAAUGGAUGAAUGUAAUACAGAAAGUAAUAGAUAAACCACUUACUCCACAAGAUGCAACUGCAGCACGUCUUGUAAGAAAACGCACAGCAAGUGGAACAAUGAAUAUAUUUUCUUCUGCAAGGUAGGGCUGGAUCCCUCUUAGGCACCUUUCCUAAAUAUUAUCAUAUAUUAAUUAGACAAACCAAUUGAAUGAUUAAAAUAAUAAAACUACGUUUAGAAAAUCUGUUUCUCGAUAUGCCUAGCAAAUCAUAACAUUUUGUAGCUACAUAUUAUCGUUGAAUCACUUAUAUUUAUAUAUCAUUGCACGCUACGUUGCUUACAUCAUAUACAUAAGACUGGUCAAUGGAAUUUAAUGCAAAUAUAGUAUAGGAACAAUUUUUUCUUUAAAACGAAUUUUUAAUUGACAAUAUUUGUGAUGUGCUGUCAAAAGGAACAGGCAGUAUUAUAAAUAUAUAGUAAAAAAGCUUUUACUUGGCAAUAGUAUCUUUGUGAUAUUCCAUUCAUUAUAUUUACCAGAAAAAAACGUAUAAAUGUAUCAAUAUAUAUAUUAUUUAUAUUUUGGUAUAAAUGCUUUAGACGAAUAAAUUACUCUAAAUAACUUUUGUUUCUUCUGAAUAUAAUUAAAAAAAAUAUAUAUAUAUUUUUUCAAAAUUGAAUUCUACAAUUAAAUUUUCUUUUCUCUUUUUUUCUUUUUUUUUUUUUCUUUUUAUUUUUUAUUUUUUUUUUUUUUUUUUUUGCAAUUAAAUUUAUAUACUUAUUCAAAAUAGAUUUUAACUCUAUAUACGUACUAUUAGUCUUUACUCUUUUAUAUAUACACAAAUGAUUUGUCAAGAUUUGUAAAUAGAACUUAAAAAAAGAAAAGGAAAAAAAAAGUAAGAUCAUUAUUUUUAUUUUACAUGACAAAUGUCUGCACAUACAUACAGGGUUGUUAAUUUAAUAUUGUAGUGUCUCAAAUAACAAGUUUAUUUACUCGUUUUAUCAAAUUUAAGUAGAUCAUUGUUAAUUUCAUCAAAAGUGUGAUAUUGAAAGUUUCUGUAUGACAGUAGACACCUUUUAGCUUCAUUUAUUUUAUUAAUGGUGCUAUCAAGAUGACUAUAUCUACUGUUUUACAGAAACUAUAUCUUACAUGCAGAGUGUUAUAAUGUUAUACUAUGAGUCAUUGUGAAUUUGAUAACGUUUGUUUAAUAAAGUAUUAUGAGAUAUCAGCACUUAAGUAAAAACAAAUGACUUUUCUAUAUAUUAUUAAUUAUUAGAUCACAAUAUCUUCAUUUGUCAUAUUAUUGUUUUUUUUUUUUUUUUUUUUUUUUUUUUAAUGUGUAAUUAUCUCUGAUACUUGAAUGCUGAUAUCACAUAAAAUUAUAAUUUAAUAAUCAGUCAAAAUACAUAAUUAUAAAGUUUCAGUGUAAAUUUAUUAUUAUAAAAUAAUAAAAAAAGAUUAUAUUUAAAAUAGUCAUGUCUGACUUAUUGUAAAGUUUGUUGUAAUGAUGAUGAUAAUGACAAUGAUAUAAUAAUUGUAACAAUUAUACUAUUACUGCUACUACUACUACUAUUACUACCACACUACUACUACUAAAUACAAUAAUAAUAAUAAUAACAAUAAUAAUGUAUAAAGGCUGCCAAUAUAUACAUUUACUUUGUAGUGUUAAACAAUAAAGUAUAGCAGCAUGUCAUACUAUCUGUAGAUAUAUGAAAAGUAAUUUGCUUAUGCUCUAUAACUGAAGAAAAUAAAUAAUAAUGAGACAACAAAGAUACAAAUAUUGUAAUAUUUUUAAUAAUAGCAAUAACUUCGCAGAGACAGAGAGAAAGAGAGAGAGAGAGAGAGAGAAAGAAAGUAACGUAUUUUUACGUUAAUUUUUAUCAUUAAAUUUAACUAAAGGCACAUUUUUUAUAUAGCAAAGAAUAUUCACCCAACAUAAUGCUGCAAUACUAACAUAUGUGAUACGUAGAGUAGGAGGAAUUAAUACAAAAUUGAAAAACUGUACAGGUAUCCAAAAUAGGCAUGAUGUCUGAAAGUAAAAAAGUGAAACCACUUUGAUAAUGAAGAGUGGAUUAGGUAAAAAUUGUUAAAACACUUCUUGUAUGUAUUUUAUAUUUGAAUAACCUACCUGAAAAGUUUUAAGAAACUUUGUUUUACAUUCUUCAAAUAUAUCAGAUUUACUUUCCAUCAAACUCAUACCUAUAAUAAAUAACAGAAGUUAAUCAAUUAUAUUAGAAAAUAUAACAUUAUAAUGUGAAAUAAACAUACUAACUGAUAAAAAAUAGACAGACCAAUGGUGGUGUUAAUAUAAAUUGAUCAAGAAAUAAUUUAGUUAAAACCAAUUUUAAAGAUUUGCCUUUGUAAAAUGUAUCUAACCAUUUGUACCUGAUAAUAUAAAAAAGGUUUUUAUUUUGAAAACUUUUAAUUAUAUAUUAUAACUUCUAAGUUAAAUUCAUCUCAAUGACAUUAUAAUUCAUACAAUAUUCAUAUUUGUCUAAACUUUAAUCCUAAAAAUGGGUCUGUAAUUAUCUUAUAUAUGGAUUUACAUUUUAUUUAAAUAAUAAUUUUUAAAUUAAUUAAUAAUAAAAUAAUGAAUAAAAUUAAAAUUAAUUAUAAAAAAUACCAUCCAUGCAACAAUGGUCCUGCUAAAAAAAAACCAUAAAUAGCAUAUCUUUUAAGACGUGGCCAAUUAUAUUGUUGUGUUGACAUCGUAGAUUCAUGAUCUAAUAAACCUAAAAAAUUAUUGCACUUUCGUAACCACGAAAGUAUUGGUCUAUCGAUAUUUUGUAGUUCUACUCCAUAUGUGGACACCGGUUGAAUAAUCUAAAAUAUAAACAAAUAAAAGAUAAUUCGAUAAUUCAUUUUUUUUUUUUUUUUUUUUUUUUUUUUUUUUUUUUAACUGAUAAAACUAUAAGUUACCUGGAAUCUUUUAUUAUAAAUUUGUUGUGCAAAUUCAGCGCAUGUAUAAAAAAAGCCAUAUGUUAUAGAAUUCAAGAGCAGUGGUCUUUUUCGUGCAAAGUUACUUAAUCUGAAUAACAUAUUGAGUAUUGGCUUAUUGUUAUCCACGAGAAAUAUUUAAAAUUAUAAUUAAUCUCAUAUUGUCCUUUUCCAAAUACAUUGCAUGGUAUCUUUAAUAAAAUUGUGUUUAUACUAUUAAAUACAAAAUAUACAAACUGUUGACGUAUAAUAAUAAAUCAUUAAUUCUAUAUAAAAAUAAGUAUUUUUACUUACUUUAAUACUUGUAAGUGAAAUACUUCGUCAUAAAUAUAAAACUAAGAAAAUAUCAUAUUCAUUAAAACGAUUGAAAUGACAAAUAAAUUUAUUAUCCUUUGUUAAUAAUCCUUAUUAUAUUCAACAAUUGUUAUUUUAUCAAAAAUUUCAUUGAUCAAACUAUAAAAACACAGCUUUUAUUUAAAAAAAAAAUAAUGAAAGAUAUCUCUUUGCUUCGAGUGUACA